CUGGCAUUUCUUCCUUUCCAUAGACUCCGCCUUUUUUUUUAAUUUCUGCUUUUCAUUCGCAUCAUCAGCAUCCGCCGCCGCCGUCGCGGAGGAGGAGGAGGAGCAAGAUUCUGUUCCACUGGUUUCUCCCUUGCCUAUUAAUUUAUGUGAUUCACAAAGAAGCUGUGAGAGUGGCAUCAUUUUUAAGUUGGAGAGUGAUAUAAGUGAGUGAGGGGUGGUGGGUGUGGUUCAUGCCAAAGACACCAUGCAGCUGUAUCAUCAUCCGUAUUCCUUGGACAGCCAAAAGGUUAGGCUUGCUCUGGAAGAGAAGGGGAUCGAUUACACAUCACAUCAUGUGAAUCCCAUCACUGGCAAGAACUUGGACUCCUUUUUCUUCCGUUUGAAUCCAACGGCUAAACUUCCUGUUUUCCAGAAUGGUUCCCACGUCAUUUAUGAUGCCAUAGAGAUUAUUCAGUAUGUCGAAAGGAUUGCAGAGAAAGCGUCUUCUGGUGGCAAUGACUCAGGCGUCAGCAACCAAGAAGUUGUGCAAUGGAUGCACAAGAUUCAAGCGUGGGACCCAAAGUAUUUUACCCUCUUCCAUAUUCCCGUGAAGCAUCGUCUCCGUGUUUCUAAAUUCUUAAGACGGGUGAUAAUUGCCCGGAUGGCUGAAUGCCCUGACCUGGCAACUUCUUAUCACAACAAGCUAAGAGAAGCAUAUGAUACAGAUGAGAAGCUGGGGAAUGAUGAUGUUGUGAGAAGGAACGAAGAACAUCUCAUUAAGAUUCUGGACGAGGUAGAAGCCAAACUGAGUGAAACCGCAUACCUAGCUGGGGAUGAGUUCACUUUGGCAGACGUGAUGCUAAUCCCCAUCCUGGCUAGGUUAGAGCUCUUGAGCUUAGAGCUUGAGUUCAUCAACACAAGACCCAACCUAGCAGAGUACUGGGCAGUUGUGAAACAGAGGCCUAGUUAUAAGAAGGUGAUCGGAAGGUACUUUGAUGGGUGGAAAAAGAAGACAACCUUAAUGAAGACAUGGUGGUUUGUCAAGCUCAGAAGCAUGUUUCGAAAGUAUUGAGGGUCACUGUGACUCCUAAGGUUGUUGUUUGUAUUGCUGUUUUUUUUUACCUGUACUGCCCAAAAUUCAUUUGUCUUCAGAAGAGAUGUAUAUUAGAAGAAGGGGAAAAAGAUGGAAUGUACAGAUGGUAAGUUUGUGCUGUAAUUUUUCUCAUACUUUUUCUCAGUUUGUAAAAACAUUUAUAUGUAUCAUGAAACCUAUGCAAUGAAAUUCUGUGGAGGUC